GAUAGACAUGCUGUCAGACGGAAGUGGUACCACCUUGACCUCGAUUGUGCUAUAUAAAGGUGAAUCAUUCCCCUCAAUGAUACCAUAACACAAUCGCUACAAUAUCGGCUACAAGCUUGUCAACCGUCGAAAAUCAGCCUAUUUGUUAGAACAAGACAAUUCAAAACUAUCGGAAAUCGUUAACGGCAUCCUAGAGGAAAAUAUUCAUUGUCUUCAUGUCCAGUUCACAGCAAAUCUGUCGAGUUAUUCUCGGCUCACUGUUCAUUUUAACUACACUGGAAUCUGUUUGUUUGUUACCGGCUUCAUCAGGAGUCGGUGGAAAGGCACAAAAUGAUGUCUUGAGUUUCAUGAUGAGGUAUGGGUAUCUGGAACCGAAGAGCCCGAUUUUAGGGGAAUUUCGUACUGAAGCAGAAAUGAUACGUGGUAUCAAGCAGAUGCAGGAGUUUGCAGGUCUUAAAGGCACCGGCGUUAUAGACGAAGAGACUGUAAAGUUGAUCAGCACUCCUCGAUGUAGUUUACCUGACGUUGGACCGGGUGACAGAAUGAGACGGAGAAAGAGAUAUGCUCUUCAUGAUACAAUAUGGCGUAAAACUGAUUUGACAUACAAAGUGACGAACAAACCCAAGACGGAGCUCUCUAUGGAUGAGGUCCUCGCUACCGUACGUAAGGCCUUCGAUCUGUGGUCAGCUGUUUCACCACUUAAGUUUACAGACUUAUCCUCGCCUCAUGCCAACCGUGAAGUUGAUAUCGAGAUGAGUUUUGAAAAAGACAGUCAUGGUGACGGUUAUCCGUUUGAUGGCCGAGGUGACAGGAUCGCACAUGCCUUUUAUCCUCUAAAUAACAAAGGUACAGAUGGUGACGUACAUUUCGAUGAUGACGAACAUUGGACUCUAAACAAACCUGGCGAUGAGAGCACAGAUUUCUUUUGGACAGCAGUACACGAGAUCGGUCAUGCCCUUGGUAUUCAACAUUCGUGGUAUCGAUCGGCCAUUAUGUAUCCUUACUACACUGGUUUCAAACCAAAUUUGAAACUGAGUGAAGAUGACGUCAUGGCCAUACAGGCCAAAUAUGGAAGAAAACCGACAACCCCGUCCACGCUUCCUUCUUCGUCCAAAUCCUCUGGUCCCAGUCCUUGCGACAAAACAUUCAACGCGGUCGUUCACAGUGGUGAUGGAAACACCUAUUUCUUCAGAAAUCAUAUCUUUUGGACGCUUGACAAAUUCAACAGAUCUCUUGGCGGAGGAAGGAAUAUUGUCGAUUUUUGGCCAAAUCUUCGUCGACGAGUACAUGCUGCGUAUACUCGAAGAGACGGCAAGACUGUGUUCUUUAAGGGGAAAAGAUUUUGGGUGUAUGAAGGCAUGAAACAUGUAGAAGGGCCAAAAGAUAUUAAAGAAUAUGGUCUUCCCAUUCAUUUGAAACGAAUUGAUGCUGCCUUUACAUGGGGUGCAAAUGGACAUACAUAUUUCUUCAAGGGCCACAGAUAUUGGCGAUAUAACGAGAAAAUGAAGAGAAUAGAUCCUGGUUAUCCUAGAGAUAUAUCUAAAUCUUGGGGAUCUGUGUCCUACCCAGUGGACGCUGCGAUGACGGGGGGUGAUGGGAACACGUACUUUUUUAAAGGAGAACAAUUUCAAAAAUUUGACCUCAGAAAAUACAGUCUUUCCGAACCACAGAAGACUGGUGACUAUUUCUUCAGGUGUAACGAUGUUGAAACACUUCCAACAACAGGACCGUACGUCGAAGAUGUACUCAAAACGAACAAUGAUGAUGAUGUUAAUAGUGGCAAUGAUGUUUAUAAUGAUGGCAACACUGGUGUGAGAACAACAUUAGGUCUGCCUCUAAUUUUAUUGGUAACAAUUUCGGUUUCAUUCUUUAAUCUUACUACAAUGCCGAAUGCAUUAUUUUGUGUGUAUAAAGUCACACUUUGUUGUGUAUUGUUUGCUAUAACUAAAUGUGGCCCUCUUCGUGAUCGAAGGAACAUUGGCAAAAGCAAGGUCGAUCAUUUUCGUUACCUAACAGAUAAAGGUUAUCUACGUAGACCUGACUCGCGAGCCGCUUUUUCGCGCACGGGAAAAGUGAUGAAGAAUGCCAUAAAAAUGUUUCAAGCAUUUGCUGGCAUUCCAGAAACUGGAGAAGUUGAUAAUAAAACAAUUGAAAUGAUGUUGAUGCCGAGGUGUGGAAUGCCAGACUUUAAAGAAUCCAAUAACACAAAAAAGCGACGAAAAAGAUAUUCUAUACAAGGAAGCAAAUGGCGCAAAAAAGAACUGACUUACAUGAUUGUGGAGGAUGGACCAUCAAAUGCAAUCUCUAUACGUGAAGUAGAAGAACAAGUGAUUAAAGCUUUUCAAAAAUGGGAGAACGUAUCCACUUUGAAAUUCACGAAGGACAAAGAUCCAAAUUCAGAUAUCAUUGUGAAGUUCCGAUCCGGAGAGCAUGGUGAUGGUUAUCCAUUUGAUGGACCUGGUGGCACUCUGGCUCAUGGAUUUUACCCACUAAACAACGAAGGUUUUGCUGGUGAUGUUCACUUUGAUGAUGACGAAACUUGGAUUCUGAAAGAGGAAGAAACGGGAACAGACUUUUUUUGGACCGCGUUACACGAAAUUGGACAUGCUUUGGGUCUUGAACAUUCAAGGUCAAGAAAUGCAAUCAUGUAUCCAUUUUAUACUGGUUUUAAAGAAAACCUGGAGUUAGACGCCGAUGACAUUGAAGGAAUUCAGUUUCUUUAUGGAGUACCUAAAAUCAAAGUAGAAACGGUCGCUCCAACGGAGCCUAGGACCACCAUAUCUACUGGUGUACCAAACGUAUGCACAAUAGAGAAAUUUGAUGCUGUCUUUGCCAACAACGAGAAAUAUGUAUACUUUUUUUCUGGUAAGUAUUUCUGGAUAUCACCGGAGUCUGGUGGACAUGUUGAACCGAUCGCCAUCAAAGAUGACUGGAAAGAAUUACCUGAAGAUGGAAUUGAUGCAGCAUACUAUUCUAAUGAAAAAACGACUUUUUUCAAGAACAAUUUAUGUUGGAUAUACAACGGUACUAAACUUCUUGCUGGUCCAAUUGAUAUUUCGAAGCAGUACAGAAAUUUGGGGACGAACGUGCAAAGUAUUGAUGCUGCUUUUGUUUGGAGAGCAAACGGGAUGACGUAUCUUUUCUCUGGUGAUAAUUACUGGCGUUAUAACGAAGCUUUUGAUACCAUUGACUUGGGAUAUCCCAUCAAGAUCAAUGUUUCAUGGGUUGGUGUUCCAAAUGAACUAGAUUCAGCUCUAACAUUGACAAAUGGAAGUACUUAUUUCUUUAAAGGAAGGGGAUUUUGGGAAUUUGAUAAUCUGAAAAUGAGAACUAUAGACGAAAAACCUUCAACAAUCAACGAUUCUUGGAUCAAAUGUUCAUUGGAUAAAAAUGCACAUUCUGGCUUUUCAUAUAUUUCACCACAUCGCGUUUUAAUCCUUUGGAUGAUAAAUACCAUAGUUUUGCUACUUCAUGUAUUUUGAAGUGUUCAUAACGUUAAAUUAUAGCUGCUCUACUCAGUUUAAAACACUACUAUUCGAGCCAGCUGCUUUCAAAGUGUUUUGAAAUGUAAAUAUGACUGAGAAUGAGUCGUUUAAAUUAUUUUUUUAAGGCUGGAUCCGCGACUGUUUUCUUUGUCUAUUGUCAUCUCGUUAUCACAACGUCCAACGUUUUAAUCUGGUCCUUUUAAUAAUAAUUAAUAUGUUAAUAUCAAUGAUUCUCUUGUGUAAAUAGUAUAAUCACCAACUAAACAAUGAUUUUAUUUAUUUUCACAGUUAGUAAUUAAUGAGGAUAAUAAAUGUAACAAACAAUA